AUGGAUCCAACAAACGAGACUGGCUUGAGCAAGGUUACUGUGUCAUGCACAGAUCCCUUUGGACUAUUCUCGGACGUUCAAGCAGUUCUCGCCCCAAGACUACCAUUGAAAAACCUCCAUUGGAAAUCGCCUACUCGACCCGCUCGAUCCAUCGAAUCGCUCAAUCUCGACCUUGUCGCUGCCCAACCCCCAGCAUCCCCCGACGAGAAGAGGUCAUCCAAUGAUUCCACACCCAGUGCAACUGCGCCUUUGCGACGACAUCAAAUCCCCGGCUUGCGACAGACUCCGUAUCUGAGGAUUUAUUUGCUGAAAUGCGACGAUAAUGAGGUAUACAAAGCAUCGUCACGGAAACUGAUACGAGAAUGGAUGAAGGCAUAUUCUUUCUCGUCGCAGACCAGCAGCGGCAGCAGUGGAGGAGGAGGUGGUGGUGGCGGUGGUCAGGAUAAUCACGAUGCGUGCGAAUGGUUGAUACUACACGUCCUACAGGAUGGGGAUGCGCCAGAAAAGGCGACCUCAAAAUGGCCUGGUCGAGGUUCGACUUCGGUGCUGGAGAAAGUCAAGGCGGAUUUCAAUGGGUCUUCCAAGACGGCUGUGGAUAGAGUAGCGCAGAUACGGCUUCCGUCCCAGACGGGGAAGUCGCAGGAUCAUAGUGAAUUCGUGGAUCAGCUUAAUGAUUUGGUGGAUAAAAUUAAACAGGCUAUUUUGACGUCGUUUGAUUUGCGGGUCACUCAGUACGAAGAAGAUAUUCGUGAAAAGGACUCUCAGCGAAGCUUGCCGGGUUGGAACUUUUGCACGUUUUUCAUUUUGAAGGAAGGGUUGGCGAGGGGGUUUGAGAAUGUGGGUUUGCUGGAAGAUGCUCUUGUCGGAUAUGAUGAGCUUGCGGCUGGGCUGGAAAGCGCUGUGACUGAUUAUCUGUCUGGGACAGGAGAUCAGCACGGUGGCGGCUUUCUUGAUUAUAGUUCCGACAGCAAAGAGAAAGCAUUAAGUGCGCUAGAAGCCUCGAAGCAGCAGAAACCAGUGCAAGAUGGUGAGAAUGGAGACGCCGCUGAGACAGAGACUGAUAUAUCACUGGUCCUCCCCCAGGAAUACUUCCCUCUUGACUCUUCGAAAAAGCCGUACAGGGAAAUGAUUUUAGCCAACAAUAUUUCUGUUUUUGAUUUCCGCGCCUACGUCUUCUCUCGACAGUUGAACUUGCUGCUCAAAGCCGCCAAAGCACCUUUCUUACAAGGAAAACAAGAUUCUGGACCGGCCGUUGCUGGUGCAGACGAUCUCUCAUUACUUGCGGAAGUAUGUGAUAGGGCAAUGGAGUUCAUCAUCAUGGCCGCUAGGACUCUCCGAUACGAUAUCGAACGCGCGUUAUCAGAAGUGAAAGAGGAAAUUGGCAGUGCACAGAAGACGGCCGUCAUCGAUGACUUGGUCUCUUCGUGGACGUAUGCAGCGUCUUGUCAAAUAUUGUCUCAAACAUCCACACCUUCAUUUACGCUUUCCGAGUCGUCGUUACGAAAGACCGGAAGUGCUUUGACUUCAUCUGUGGCUCCGGCUGACUCCAGAUCCAACAUCCCGAAACGAUCCAGCUCGUUGGUAACCGCGGGUACGGUUCCUGGUGCCAAGCAACCCCCAGCAAAUAAAACGGGCGUUGAAGCUCUUGCGUCCGGUAGAGGCGAACUGUAUCAACUUGGAAGAGGAGUCCUUGAGGAGAUGGGCAAGCGACGAGGUUGGACUCAUAAGUGGGGAGAUCUCGAUCUGCUAUUUGACGAAUCUAACAUUCCCGGUGAUGAUAUGGAGGAUGUUUCGCUUGACGAUAGUGGUGCGAAUGGAAAGAUUGAAAAUGCCGAGUACACAGCUGCCAUUUCCUAUAACGCCAAAAGCCUAUCUUUGCCGGUAUUGCAGAAUGCUUUGCGGUCCAGAAAGAAUUUCUACUCUUUGUACGAAGUAUUUACCGACUACAUGUUUCGUCAUUACAUCUCCGCCAACCAAAUCCGUUCCUCCAAAGCCGCAAUGACAGACAUUGCCGUCCUCAGAUUCCGUCACAAGGAUUACGAAAGUGCUGCAUUCCUUUUUCGUCAAAUAGCGCCAUUCUACGAAAGUAGUCAUUGGAUAUCAAUCGAAGGUGCGAUCUUGGAGUUGUAUAUCCGAUGCUUGAAGGAGUUCGAUCGAAAUGACGAAUAUGUACGCACUAUGCUAAGACUAUUGUCAUUGUAUGCAUCGUAUACACAAUCAAAUCUUUCACCUCGACAGAAAGCAUCCCUCGCUGUGUCUGAUACAAGCUUUGAAAGCAACGUCAGUCCAUACGUUGAAGAGUUAUUGCAAGCUUCAAAGAGUAUUGCAAAGGAAGUGAAUGUCCCUUUGUCUAGCUUUUUUGGUGAUCUUGUGGUCGAUCCUGAGAUUAAGCACUAUGAAGAUAAGGAUGGAUUUCAGAUGCACAUCAAAUUGCGGUGCUUGUUGGAUAAGGAUAUAGUAGCAGAUUCGAUCAAAAUCAGACUGGUUGGUGCGCCUGGGACGCUUUCCAAUGAAGUUUGGCUGGAGAAUACGGGAGAUAUUAAGAUCAAAUCGAAAACAACGAGGUUGUCGAUUGAUUCAUCGACAACCUUGCAAGGAAAAUUAUUCGUCGACCGUAUUGAGAUCCGAGUUCAAAAUCUUGUAUUCAUACAUAGCGGACAUGGUGCUUCCUCAAGUCUUCCUCCUGGCUUUAGGGAAUCAGAACCAGCUGAAGCAGAAACUCGACCAUUCAUCUGGUGUUAUCCACCAACACAUGGUCUUGAAGCAAGGCUUGCCGCACCACGCUCCAUCAAUCUUGAGGAACUCCGAACAUUUGAGAUAGAACUGGAUAGCGGACGUAACAAUAUAUCAAAUGGGUUACUUCGCAUUCGCCCAGCAACCGCCGGUCUCCGACUACGGACUUCAGACAUUGUUGUUAUUUCAGGGGAUAUUGAAUUGACAUCAAACACGGAAUCUGGAAGUAUUGAAUUCGUCAACCUUGCGCAAGACACCUGUAUUCGAUUCCGGGUCCCUUACACUGUUGAUGAGAAUCAUACGAUACUAUCUGCGCGAUUAGAAGUCGCUUAUGAGACGGAUGCCGGCCGUUUUACGUACAUAUCGACCAGUUCGGUGGUAUCCACGUUACCCAUAAGUGUCAAUGUGCAAGAUAUCUUCAGAGAUGAUGUUCUAUUUUCUCGAUUUACAGUGAGCCCGGCAAUGCUCGUUCCGCUUCGAAUUCUAGGCUGUGACAUACCUGAAUCAGACGUCUAUGAAGCCCAAAGCGGCGUCAAGGGCGCUCUAGCAUUAGACGUGUUUCCCAAACAGCCGGCGUCUAUAAUAUACAAAAUCAAACCAAAAGGGGGCCGAGCACCGGCAGCCAACUCAACGGCAAAACGGAAUUCUCUGCGGUUAACGGUGCGUUAUAUGUGCAUUGAUGACGAGUGCCUUUUGUUAGUCAGGCAGAAAUUCAGUUCGGCUCUUGCGCAGAGCAAGUAUAAAUCGCUAGCGCGACUAUUGACGCCUCAUAUUGUGGAUGCGUUCCGAGAGCAAUUGUCGACGUCGGAUAUGGAGAGUAUCGGUUUGCUAAGGGAGAUGAAUAUGUUGUCGUACAAGAAUGUGCAUUGGGAUGUGGUGCUGAAAGGGCUGCGCGAGUCUCUUAGAGAAGAGGUCCGCAGCUGGCUCGUCAAAUGGCAUCAGGACAAUCUUGUAUCAAGCCUACCGGAAGACAACGAAUCCGAACUCGCUCGCCAUAUCGUCAUCCCCGUCGAAGUCCCCGAAAUCCAGGUUGUCCAUACAGCGGAACUGCGCCUCUCAACCACCGAUAGUAACACGCCCACCCACGCAGCCGUCGGCCAUAUGAUCCCCGCCGAACUCAUACUAUAUCAUACACGAAGAUGGUGUUCUCAACAAACCGAAAAGCAAGAAUCAGGCGGCCAGCUGGAAUUCGCGUACGAACUACACGUUAACCAGGAUCAGUGGCUGAUUGGUGGACGACGAAGGGGUAAUUUCACAGCUACAGAGGGCGAAAUCAAAAAAUUCGCUAUAAUGCUGUUGCCACAGAAAGCAGGGCAUUUGUUAUUACCUUCUCUUGAAAUCAAGACUUUUGUCGUUGGCUCUACUUCCACGGCUGCUGGAGCGAACACGUCCACAACGAUGACGGUCGGACCUGCAUCAUCAACAACGCCAUCAUCAGUCACCAGUCCAGCAUCCGCUACGACGACAAAUGCGCCCUCUGCAUCAUGGACGCAACAGCAACGACGCCAAGUACCCAACGAAGUGGACUAUAAGAAUCACGCAGAGACCAUUCUCGUACUACCUGAUUUGCGAAAGACGACCGUGAGUCUGGAGUCUGGAAAUCCGGGACUGAUCGAAUCUGAGUCUCGAAUCGCUGUAUAA